UGAAAGCGGAAAUGGUCUCUAAACAGAAGUUGACCUCAAAAGCAUGGGCGUGUUUGCAGGAUUUGCACUGUGGUAGUUUUAUUUUAAUUUAUUACAUUUUAAUUUAAUGAUUGCUGUGAUGGACGCUAAUCUGUUGCAGUGGAAGAAACAGGGACAGUCGUUCUUCCGUCGAUUACGGGUGUGGGUGAGUCUCCUGGAUCCGUCCCUGCUGCUCUCCUCAGAUGCAGAAAUACUGAAGGCCCACUCUCUUCUUGGGAGCGGACAGAAGCUGAAUGAAAAAGACAAUCCCGCAGUGAUCCUCUCUCUAUCUUCUGUUCAUGCUGAUUCUGGUGCUCCUCUUCCAUUUGUUUUCCGUCCUCCAGCAUAUUUGCCAAUAUCAGGACCUUUGGUUGUUGCUAGUCUUUUACCUCACAGUGGUGUCAAAGCUGCUCUGUUUUGGCAGCUUCUGCUGCAGAGUUACAAUGCAGGAUUCAGCCACACCAACGGAAAUUAUUCAGCAGAGAAGAGCAAGAAAACGUCCCCGAAGCAGCUUCUGUUGAUGGCGGGAACCGUCUCUUACACAACAUUUGCUGGGGCCCUUCCUCAGAUUCUUAUCAACCGGCUCAGAAUAACAAGUCCCCCUCUGCAGACUUUCUGCAGGUCAAUAUUACCGAUCCCCCUCUCAGGCGUUCUCGCUUUCCUCAACGUGUUCACCAUCCGAAGUGAGGAGACGGAGACGGGGAUCCAGGUGUUUGACUACAAUGGAAGACCUGUCGGCAUCUCUAAAGCAGCAGGAGCAAAAGCUGUGAAGGAAACCGCGUAUUCAAGAGCAGCACUCUUUGUUGCGACUGCUGCCGUCCCUAACCUGCUGGUUUUGUUCUUACAAAGAACAAGACUCUUCCAGAGAAACUCCCUGCUGGCCGCUCCUUGCCGUCACAUCAGCGCAGCGCUCGUCCUCGGCCUGAUGAUUCCCGUAUCGUUCAGUCUCUUUCCACAACUGGGAACGAUAAAACGGGACGACGUGGAGGAGGAGCUGCGGGCAGAAGCAGUCGGCGUGCAGUUGUUCUACCACAGAGGACUCUGAGCAGCUUCCACGGCAGAGACAGAAUCAGACAAACUCAACAUGCAGCUCUGACUGAACAGCUUCUUCUGCACACAUUAAAGAUGGUAUCAAAGAUAAAUGCAGCUUUUUCCUCUCAGAAACCAUUAAACCAAACAUAAAGCUA